CUGCCUGUUCUGCUGUUUCUUGCUGCACCCUGUUUCUUGCGCACUUGGAGCUCUUUACUCCGACUGGGGAGUCCCCGUUCGCCAGCCUGCCUCGCCGCCGGACAGUCCAAUAUCCGUUGACCUCUGACCUUAUCGCCUCGGUUAACGCCUCAUCGUCAAUGAUUUGCCAUUUUUUUAAAAGCCCAUUGGCCUUUUAUUGGGCCCGAAAAGUCUAGCGAUCAUGGCCCAUACCUGGUCCAGUUAACACUGCACUACUAGUCCGGCGGGCCCAACCAUGACUGGGCUUCCAUCCCGAUCUGCCCGCCGUGAUUUCCUUCCAGGUGUUAGCCAACGCAGGCCGCAUGGCCGUCUCUGCCGCGACAUGUGUCACCGGCCGCCACCCUGUCUGAACGCCGCUAUUUCACCCAACAAAUUCGUCUCAGGCGAGCAAUCCAAGCAGAGUCCUAGUCACGGGAUGUUUGUAUAGUACUCCCGCUAGAUUACAGCUUCGACAUGCUCCUAUAUCUCCAGUUGCAAUGUUUCAGGCCGAGAAGCGUAGAAUGCGAGUAUGAGAACAGACAUUAGCAGCUGCUGUUUCUUAAGCCCACCUUCGGCUUCCUCUCAUGUUCUGUGAUUGUCUCCAUGUUUGCUGAACUCGAAUCCUACUGCAAUUCAUGCGAGCAAUCAUCUGACCGAUCAAUCUGUGCCCAACAUGCAGAAGCUCGUCCCGAACACCGCCGCAGCGGCGGCAAGUGGUGCUCCAAUGGGCGAAUGCAGCACGGAGUACAGGGGCCUCCCCGGCGGCAAUGCCGAGGCCAACGGCGCGGCGUCGGUGCCGGCGUCGCUCCGCAAGGUCUCCAUCGUCCCGCUGGUCUUCCUCAUCUUCUACGAGGUCUCAGGCGGGCCGUUCGGCAUCGAGGACAGCGUGGGCGCGGCGGGGCCGCUCCUCGCCAUCGCCGGCUUCCUCGUCCUCCCCGUCAUCUGGAGCAUCCCGGAGGCGCUGAUCACGGCGGAGCUCGGCACCAUGUUCCCGGAGAACGGCGGGUACGUCGUGUGGGUCGCCUCGGCGCUCGGGCCCUUCUGGGGGUUCCAGCAGGGGUGGACGAAGUGGCUGAGCGGCGUCAUCGACAACGCGCUGUACCCGGUCCUCUUCCUCGACUACCUCAAGUCCGCCGUGCCCGCGCUGGGCGGCGGCCCGCCGAGGGCGUUCGCGGUCCUGGGUCUCACGGCGGUGCUCACGCUGCUCAACUACCGCGGGCUCACCGUCGUCGGCUGGGUCGCCAUCUGCCUCGGGGUGUUCUCCGUCCUGCCGUUCUUCGUGUUGGGCCUCAUCUCGCUCCCCAAGCUCCGGCCGGCGAGGUGGCUGGUGGUGGACCUCCACAACGUGGACUGGAACCUGUACCUGAACACGCUGUUCUGGAACCUCAACUACUGGGACUCGAUCAGCACGCUAUCCGGCGAGGUGGACAACCCCGGCAAGACGCUGCCCAAGGCGCUGUUCUACGCGGUCAUCUUCGUGGUCGUGGGCUACCUGUACCCGCUCCUCGCCGGCACCGGCGCGGUGCCGCUGGACCGGUCGCAGUGGAGCGACGGCUACUUCUCGGACCUCGCCAAGCUCCUCGGCGGCGCGUGGCUGAUGUGGUGGGUGCAGGCGGCGGCGGCGAUGUCGAACAUGGGCAUGUUCGUGGCCGAGAUGAGCAGCGACUCGUACCAGCUGCUGGGCAUGGCGGAGCGGGGCAUGCUGCCGGCCUUCUUCGCGCGGCGGUCGCGGCACCAGACGCCGCUGGUGGGCAUCCUCUUCUCGGCGUCGGGCGUGCUGCUGCUCUCCUCCAUGAGCUUCCAGGAGAUCGUGGCCGCCGAGAACUUCCUCUAUUGCUUCGGCAUGCUGCUGGAGUUCAUCGCCUUCGUGCUGCUGCGCGUGCGGCGGCCCGACGCGCCCCGGCCGUACCGCAUCCCGCUCGGGACCGCCGGGUGCGUGGCGAUGCUGGUGCCGCCCACGGCGCUGAUCGUGGUGGUGCUCGCGCUGUCCACGCUCAAGGUGGCGCUGGUGAGCCUCGGCGCCGCGGCCGUCGGGCUCGUGCUGCAGCCGCUGCUGAGGUUCGUGGAGAAGAAGGGGUGGCUCAGGUUCGCCGUGGACUCGGACCUCCCGGACAUCGGCGUGGGGCCCGCACCCGCCGCCGCGGUGGACGAGCCGCUCGCGCCGUAGCCCGUGAGGUGGAUGGGCUGUGUAAAACCGAUAUACACUGUGCUUCGUUUCACAGCACGGGGAAGAGAUUUUUGUUGUAAAACCGAUAGAGCCAUAGAGGGGAGCCAGCGCGGUGGGCUCAGAUCUCAAACGAUAGCCCAGCCCAUGGAGGUCCGCGUCCCUCAAAAAAAAAAAUCACAUUGCAGCGCCACCCCUAAAAAAAUCACAUUACAGCGCAAAAUUAUGGCCUUUUGUUUCCGCUUAUAAGCGAAUUUUUUAUGAAAAAAAACUAAAAAUUUA